AUGAAAUUCCGGACGGAGAGAGAUAAAGUGCUCCACGUGACUUAUCGGACCUCAGAACGAGUUCGUCUCACUUCCCCCACCCACUCCCCCAAAGCUGGGCCCCGACCCGAGCUGUUUUUCCACCGCCGGGGAAUCACUAUAUCGAAGCAACGAACAAAGCAUACUGAUGAGGGAAAUAGGUAUAUCGAACGCUGGCAGAAACAGCACGGUAAGCGGCUCGAUCACGACGAGCGUGUCCGCAAGCGCCAGGCUCGUGAAUCGCACAAGCAGUCCAAGGAUGCGCAGAACCUGCGCGGCCUGAGGGCCAAGCUGUACCAGCAGCAGCGCCAUAAGGAGAAGAUCCAGAUGCGCAAGCGUAUCAAGGAGCAGGAAGAGAAGAACGUCAAGUCUUCCGCUCCUGAUGAGCCGUCCAAGACUCCUCUGCCCCAGUAUCUGCUUGAUCGGUCACAGGCCACCAACGCCAAGGCCCUGUCCAGCGCCAUCAAGGACAAGCGGAAUGAGAAGGCUGCUAAGUUCGCUGUGCCUCUGCCUAAGGUCAAGGGUAUCAGUGAGGAGGAGAUGUUCAAGGUCGUCAACACCGGAAAGAAGACCCACAAGAAGUCCUGGAAGCGCAUGAUCACCAAGCCUACUUUCGUCGGUAGUGACUUCACCAGACGGCCUGUCAAGUACGAACGGUUCAUUCGUCCUAUGGGUCUGCGUUACAAGAAGGCCAAUGUUACGCACCCCGAACUGGGUGUCACCGUCCAGCUUCCCAUCCUCUCCGUCAAGAAGAACCCCCAGAACCCUCUGUAUACCCAACUGGGUGUCUUGACCAAGGGUACUAUCGUUGAAGUGAACGUUUCCGAACUGGGGCUCGUCACCACCAGCGGCAAGGUCGUCUGGGGUAAAUGGGCGCAGAUCACCAACAACCCUGACAUGGACGGCACUGUCAACGCUGUCCUCCUUGUCUAA